AUGGAGUGGCAACUAUCACACCACAAAAUCUCUCUUGGAGAUGCAGAAAGCCCCCUAGCAUUCAAAGCCGUAUCUAUAGCCAUUUUAUGGUCACUCUGGUAUCUUUGGCGCUUCUACAUCGUUCCCGCCCUCUACCCUAAUGAACCACGCAUACUACCAUACUGGAUUCCCUUUAUUGGCCAUACUGUAUCCUUCGUACGAUGCGCAGAAAAUGUAUAUCGGAGAGCGAAUGCACACUUCCCCGACACUGAGCCCUACAGCGUCAUCCUCAUGGGAGGCACAACAGUCAUCAUCCGGGACAUCAAAGACCUAUCCAGUGUAUGGAGAAAUACCAGCGCCCUAAGCUAUGACCCCUUCACCUCUCGCAUGCUCAUGGCCUUUGGCAUAACACCGCAUCAUGUGCGAAACCUGUAUAAACCAGAUCCAGCGCGUCUGCUUCCUGACGAACAGACACGCGAGCGAUCCUUGCUAUCGUGUGCCAAUCCGAAGAAACUCUCUUAUAUGCAUUUGCAGAGCCAGUGGUUUAAGACGCAGCUACUGCCGGGUGAGCACCUUAAUGGAUUAUUAAAUGCUUAUCCAGUGUUUUUGUCUCGAUUUCUUGAUAUCUCACUCCUACGUAAGGGUUUGGCUAGGGAGGUAACAUCUUUCAAAUGUGAUGGAGCCAAUACUUCGGUGACACUCCCCCUGGGACGCUUCUGUCGCUACGUCCUAGCGCAGAGCGCAUUCCGAACCUUCUUCGGCGAGGAGCUAUUCGAAAUCGAGCCGGAAUUUACCCGCAUCUACCAACGCUGGGAAGACGCCAGCUGGAAGAUCUUCUAUAACUUCCCCCAUUUCCUCGCGCCGGGGCUACAAGCGGAUCGCAAGCGUGUUAUCGCUGCUCUCGCUGUGUAUCUGGAUCUACCUGAAUCCAAGAGAAAGAACACCGCUUGGAUAUUCGGAGCUAUGAAUUCCGAAUUGACCAAUUUGGGCUUGCCCGCCCAUGACCGCGCCGGCCUGAUCAUGAUGAUCUGUUGGGCAAUGAACAACAACGCCCACUACAUCGCCUUCUGGAUGUUCGCACAUAUUCUCACCAACCCAACCCUGAAAGCAUCCAUUGAGAGCGAAAUAUCCGCCUGCUACCCCAGCCCGACCUCAGACCAAGGAUGCGACAUGGAGAAACUAUCCAGCGCAUGUCCCCAUCUCAACGCCCUCUGGGCGGAAGCCCUUCGGCUAUACAAUUUCUCAACGGCAGUGCGCAAAGCCGUGGAUGACUGCUCCGUCGGAACUAAGAUAAUUCACAAGGGAGACCAAGUCUUCGGUCCCGUGCGGAACUUCCACUUGGCUGAGGGUGUCUUUAGUUCCGGGGCUGCGGACUUCGACCAUACUCGCUUCCUGAAGAAUCCUAAGAUCAGACAGGCGAAGGAGUAUUUCCCCUUCGGGGGUGGGCAUACGCUGUGUCCGGGGAGGUAUUUUGCUGAACGGGAGGUGUAUUUGUUGGUUGCGAUGAGUUUAAGGAGAUUCAAGAUGGAGGUCACGACUGCUGAUGGGGGCGUUGUGGAGAGCCCGAAAGUUCCAGACAUUCGGAUGGAUUUGCCGUCUCUGGCGGCGGCAGCGCCAGCGGGGGAUUUGUUUGUGACUGUGAGGAGUUGA